AUGGCAGGAAGUAAUUUAGCCGAUUCAUUGACUCAACCAUUGAACGAUCAAUUGAAAAAAGCGACCGAUAAAUUGACCGGUGGUGGUGGUACCAGUUCAAGUUCUGGUGGCAGCAAAAUCAAAUUGUUUACCCCUGAAUAUUAUGCUGCUUGUACCAUUGGUGGGAUAAUUGCUUGUGGACCAACUCAUUCAGCUGUCACUCCAUUGGAUUUAGUUAAAUGUCGUCGUCAAGUGAAUGCCAGUAUAUAUAAAUCAAACAUUCAAGGGUGGAAAACCAUUUUGAAAACUCAAGGUGAUUCGAUUUUCACUGGUCUUGGUGCCACCUUUAUUGGGUAUAGUUUGCAAGGUGCUGGUAAAUAUGGAUUUUAUGAAGUAUUUAAAAAGAAAUAUAGUGAUUUGGUUGGGCCUAAAAUUGCUCAGAAUUAUCAAACAGGGAUUUUUUUGGCAGCUUCGGCUUCAGCAGAAUUCUUAGCUGAUAUUGCUUUGUGUCCUUGGGAAACCAUUAAAGUUAAAACUCAAACAACAAUUCCUCCCUAUGCCAAUUCAGUAUUUGAUGGAUGGAGAAAAAUCGUUGCUGCUGAAGGGUUUGGUGGCUUAUAUAAAGGUUUAGUACCAUUAUGGUGUCGACAAAUUCCUUACACCAUGGUAAAAUUUGCAAGUUUUGAGAAUAUUGUUGCUGGCAUUUAUAAAUAUUUGGGUAAACCAAAAUCCGAUUAUACGGCUUUGCAGCAAACUGGGGUCUCUUUCUUGGGAGGUUAUAUUGCUGGGAUCUUCUGUGCUGUUGUGUCUCACCCUGCUGAUGUCAUGGUAUCAAAAAUCAAUAAUGAAAAACUGUCGAAUGAAUCUGUUGGUCAAGCAAUCUCAAAAAUUUAUAGCAAAAUUGGCUUUGCUGGAUUAUGGAAUGGGUUGCCCGUAAGAAUCAUUAUGAUUGGUACUUUGACUGGAUUCCAAUGGUUGAUUUAUGAUUCAUUUAAAGUUUACGUUGGGUUGCCAACAACUGGUGGCCACUAA